CUUGGUCGGCUCCGCGACCUCUGCUUCGCUCGGUCACACACCCCCACCAACUCCGACGGCGAUAAUGCUCCUCGUCGACGGCGAGCCCGUCCCCUGCUCCACCCCCGAGGGGAGCAGCGGGAGGGAGCUCGUGGCGGCGCUCAUGGGGAACCCCGGGCUGCGCGCCGCGUCCGAGCGGCUCAGGGCCGCGCCGGAGAGGCGGGUCCCGUCGGGGCCGGAGGGGCCCAGGCACGUGUACGUGUUCCAGCGGGAGUACGCCACGGUCGAUCCGGCGCGCGUCGAGUUAGUGGGCACAGAUGAGAUGACUACAUGUGUGGGUGUUGCGAUUCGCAACAACAAGACUGGAAUGACUUCCAUUAGCCAUAUGGACUUCCCAAAGAUUGUAGAAGGAGGAUUCAAACAGAUGCUAGAAUUACUUGGUGAUGACGACGAACCAUUUGAUGUUCACCUGAUUGGUGGCUUCGAUGAUGCUUCUACAAAGGUAGUCUAUUCUUCUGGAGGAAAGCACAGCAUACAGGAAGGAUACUCCCAUCCACUUUGUUGCAAGAUAGUUGAAGUGCUGCAUAAAUCCCAGCAACGGUUCCACCUCCGGUCUUUCUGUGUCCUUGGGAUCAACACUAUGACUGAUUCUUACGGGAAUGCACGACCCAUAGUUGGUGGAUUUGUGAUGCAAACAUCAUCGGGAGUUGUUACUCCUGCAAGCUUUGACAUCACUUCAAGGUGUCCUGAUGAAAUAGUCAGAAGAAUUCGUGUGAGUGUUUCUUCUUAUGAUCCAAAUUGGCGAGGAAAGUUACUGGAGACUUACGACACACAUGCUGAUAUUUUCCAAAUUGCCCCUGCCUGCUGGAUGCCAGAUUGGGCAGAAAUGGCAUCCUCACUUAACCAGCUUUCAGACUCUGAAGUCCUGCUUCAAUGCUCCACCUCUCCAGCUGCAGAACCACCUCAUUUUGUGGAAACUGAGAGAAGGAUAUGGAAAUACUUGAUCGAGAACCCAGACUGGGAAGAUGCAUUUCCAAAGUACAAGCCCCGGGUCUUCCACUGGACGAAUGAUGGCAGGUGGUCAAGGCACUCUUAGCAUCAUCCUUUUCCUGUCUUGUCAUCCAUUGGUGCUCUACAAGCGGAGCAGUGACAGAUUAUGGUCACACCAGCACUUAUAUGAUCCCAUUCAUUUCGUCCAUUUCCAUACGCCUUUCAUCUUCAGUUAUCUCAUGCAUUAGCC